AUGGAGAUGAUAUUUAUCGAUGAACAGGGUGAUACAGUGCAAGAUUCCAUUAAGUAUACACUGUUAUACAGAUUUGAGUCUAAGAUCAAAGUGAACAGAUAUAUACAACAAGCGUCAAACAACAAUGAGUAUACGAUAGAUGUUAUUGGUUCGUUUUUGUCGAUAGGUUCAUUGAAUCACCUAUCGGGUGGAACAAAACAAAACAUUCCAUUUGAACUUGAAGAUAUUGAUUAUGCAAUUGGUUCGAAUGUCAACUGUUUGUUGUGGGGAACGUUUGCUGAAUACAUACUUCAACGAAUUCAAGAUAUUGGUGUAGGGCCGUAUAUUGUUGUAAUACAAUUUGCAACGACUGAGAUAAAGAAUGGUGAAGUUCAGGUAUCUAACCAUUGGCAUUCAUCACGUGUGCUUAUAAAUGAGGAUAUACCUGCAAUUAAUGAGUUCAAAUCGAGUCUGAUUCGGAGUAAACAGAAUAGUGGUCAAGUGAUGAGUCAAAAAUCGUCGCAGUCUUCUUACUCGAUGGAAGAUGAUUUCAUACGUAAGACUGUCAGAAAAAAUUUGGACGAAUUGAGUGACACAAAUGAGCCUGGCAAAUAUGUUGUAUUGGCCACUAUUAAGGGUCUUGUGAAAACAUCAAAGUGGUGUUAUAAAGUUGAAGUCAUUGUCAUGGACGAUACAAAUUCAGCUUCGAUGAUUGUAUUUGGGAAAGAAGCUGAAAGGAUGCUAGAUAUUCCUGUAGAAGCAUUAAUUCAAACAGUCCAAAACAGGGGUGAAGAACCUGUGGAGUAUCCUAUGGAACUUGAGGGGUUAAUUGAUCGAAUAAUGUUAUUCAAAAUUGCUAUCAAGGGUGAUAAUGUUGCCAAUGAAGAUCAUAAAACCUAUAAUGUUCAAAAAGUUUGCACAGAUCAUGCUAUCAUUGCUUCAUUUUUGAAGCAUUACGAAAUGGAUGCGGACUCUGGAACGUGUUCUAAUUUUAACGAUGGCGUUGUAGAUGGUGAUAUCACAACUAAUGGUAUUGUGGAUGAUGAUGUCAACGCUAUUACUCCAAUGAAGCGAUCCAACAAUUGUAUUUUGGAUAGUAUUCUCAAUGAUCCUACCGUCCAGCAAUCAUCCACCAAAUUAUUGAAAAAGAUCAAACAAGAGAAAAUGGAGUAA